GCUUUCACGGUGGAAAUAACCAAGUCUGUUCAACCGUGGGCGGAGGUGAAAGCAUAUCGCGAUCGCCACUACUUAUUCGUGUCCUCGCCAUAAAAAAACACUUUACUCUCUCAUCAGUGUGACUGGAUAGCGUACAGAGAGCCGCAGAAAAAAAGACAGUUAUUUGGAGCCCCUCGUGGAGAUCGGUUGGUGUUUAGUAAAGCGCAAGUUGCCGCCUUAUUAUUGAGACUCACUUUUGUAACAUCGUGAAAAGAACAGAAGAGACUUGAAAUGAAGGGACACGCCUGUGUGAUUCUCUUGAUGUGCCUCAGCUGUGUAUGUGCUACGGCACUUCGAGAGAAAUCGGCCAAAGAUGAGUUGCUUCUGGAAUACCUGCGAGAAUACCUGACCGAGUUAAAGAGGGGAGAUGAACCAGAAGCCGUGCCAGCUCAGAGGGGUACUGAAGAGCUUACCCGCGACUACCCACCGCCCAAACAAAUGGACUUGCAGACGCUUCAAGAACUUGACGCCGAUGAUGAAAGUCUGGUCAAGUACAAGCCAGCUCUACUGGGUAGCACUGCAGAUUUUUUAGAUGAAGGCGGUCAAAAUGUACUAUUGAAGGCCAUGGUAUUUGCUCCAGUAGACCACGAGGAAACUGUUCUGAAUCUGACAGGUGAUAUUUCUCAAUUGAAGCAUAAACCAAUUGUGGUUAAGGAAGGCACCGAGUACAGGAUUAAACUCAAAUUCAGGGUCCAACGUCAGAUUGUCUCUGGACUGCGGUUUUUUUACGUUGUUUCCAGAAAGGGCAUCAGAGUGGACAAUGCAGAUUAUAUGGUUGGGAGUUACGGGCCCAAAACGGAGGAGCACAUCUUCCAGACUCCUGUGGAUGAGUUACCCGCGGGUAUGAUGAACCGUGCUCUCUACAUUGUCAAGUGUAAAUUCUCAGACGAUGACAAGAAUAUCUACUUGGAGUGGGAGUGGAGUUACUCCGUUAAGAAAGAUUGGGAAUAAGAUUAUAGUGAUGAUUUCCUACAAAGGAAAUUGGUCUAUUGGAAGUGCGGUUUACUUGUAGAUGAAGCUGUUGGUUUUUGAGGGGGUACAUCAUGAAUGUGAGAUUCUAUAUUGAAUUUAUGUUAUCAUGGUUCAGCAAGUAUAGGGAUUAUGUUAGUCAAAUGUAUAACACAACAUAUACAAUGAAUAUGUAAUUGAUUUUUUUUCCCAAAGUGGCACUUUUUUUUGAAGGAAUUAAUUGAGGCAUUAGUCAUCAGCAUUGCCAGUGAUGACUUUUUUUAGUCUCUCAGAAAAAGGAACUGCAUGUUUUCCCCAAAAAUGUGUACAUGUAUAGGCCUAUGGAUGCCAUCAUCCAUGUACAGAACAAAACAAAUGACGUAUAUACUUGUUUUGUAUGAACAUUGCCUUUUUUCAAAGUUUAUCAGAGCAACUUGUACAACUCUUUCAUUUUGUGGAGGUCUUUAAAACAACGCAUUUAUUAGAAAAUACAUUUUGAUGAUGCUAUUUAUUGUAAUCGCUUAUUAAAUUACUUUUGGGAAUUAAUGAAACAUGUUGGUUGUAUAGCAGGCUUUAAUUGUUUUAUCUUAUUUUUAUCUUUAUUUUAGGCUGUAAUUAGACUAUUCUGCCAUAGAUAUAGAUAUUUUCUUUUGUUAUAUUUUAAUUGCUAAAGGUUUGGUUUAAUAUGUGGUUUUGCUUUAAGUGCAUAAUAUAAUGUUAUAUCUCCGCAAUGAUGUAUGGCUUGUUUGCCAUAGUAGUGACCUGGUGUCUUCUAUGUUGUCAUCUAAUUCAUGGAGAUUUUGACCAAGCGCUUUGGGAACUUGGUAACAUAAAGCCACCAGUAUUACGACAGUUGCAUGCCUAUCAUCCGACAAGCUAUUUUUGUCAGCACUAGAAUGUAGUUUCUUUCAUGAAAGAAUGGAAUACAUUACCUCAUCAAAUAACGAUCAGCCCAUGUUGGCAUAAAUCUCAAGAUGAAGGCAAAAGACGAGGACCAAAAUGACACGUUAUUUGGAAGCAUCUGUGUACUUUAACAAUGUAGUAGUUUCCAUUUUGGAUUGGCGAAGCCCCCUAUACCUUGGAAGUGGGCCAGAGGCAUGCGUAUUGAUUUUUGUGAAGCCCCUUCAAAGAAGUCGUCUGUUAAUGGUCAUUGUCUAUAAGCCAUUUGCAUUCUGCACACAAAUGUUAAUGUUAUAUAUUUCACCAGGUUAGUUUUGAAUCAAUACCAGGUACAAUGUGGAACCAUUCCACAUUGAUACUUUGUCUUCCAUGUCUAUAUAGAAAGCAAUCUUGAUUCUAUAGUUUAGCAUACUCAGGAACAAGUCGGUAAGGGUCGGUAAUGAGUAGCAGUUCAACUUUCAGGGAUGUUUUGUUUUGUUUGUUUA